AUGUCUUCGGCAAAGUCAAGCGGUACACGCUCGAGAAAGGCUACAGACAAGGAAAAAAUUAAAAUACCACAGGUACCGUUUACCUUCAAUACCAAAGACAUCAAUGUGGGAGAUGAUCGCGCCUCCCUCGCUUCGUCUCCCUCUACUGUUGCCACCACUCGAUUGGCAACCUACAGUGGUCGAAAAGACGAAGACCACAUUCCGCGACCCAAGAACGCCUUUAUUUUGUUUCGCGGGUCUUGCUGGAAGGUAGAAAAAGAGCGUGUCGACAAACCUGGUACCAGCUCGAACUUCAGCAAGAUUGCAGCACAGGUUUGGAAAAGCAUGUCAGCAGAACAGCAGGAUCCCUGGCGUCGCCUCGCCGAGGAAGAAAAGCAUCUGCACAACUUGCACUAUCCGGGGUAUAAGUAUACCCCACAAAGGCGCCAACCGACGCAGCCCAGGCGACCUCGCAGCAAGAGUCUCUUGUGCCCCACUCCGGUCGCACCUAGCACAAGGCGUCGCGGGCCCGCGAAGAGCAUGGCGGGGCUUGACGCGGAGGACAGUACGCUCUCUGACCCAGACUACGUUCCUGGCUGUGGCUCUAGAGCGAAGCGUGGCUCUCGAGCCGGUGGCCGCCCAACCCAACCCCGAAGGCACUCGCGCAAGGCACCACAGGAGCCACAGGAUGCUACCGCGCCCUCCGAGCCGCCCUCGAAGCGAGCACGAAUGUCGCAGGAAUUGUCUCCCUGCGAAGCCGAGAACGCCGUCGAGGUCAGUGCACUAGGCGUCCAACAUUCACCGGCGCAUACCCAGUGGGCUCUCCUUCCCCAGUCCGCUUCUCAUCCGAGCGCGGAGCUCGUACCUCCGUCACCCAUGUCCUCCCCCAGUCACGAAGAGGUCGCUGAGCUCGUCUCUUCUGCUUCCACUGGGCCCUGCAUCCGCGUGAAGGAGGAAGUAGAACUCGAUCUCCCGGCUCUUUUCAGAGAGUCCUCCUUCUGCCAAAGCGAGGCAGUCGAGCUCACAACCUCUCAGGAGGCGACACAGACGUUGAGCCUAGCCGACCUACUUUUCGGCGUUCCCCACUAUCCUCAGCCCCACUACGGCCACGGGGAUACCUCCCUUGACGUGGCGAGGCCGGCGAUACCCAUCAGCGACUACGCCCAUUCGUCCGUAGCGAAUCACCACCUGUCGCAAAUCGCCAACGAGGUGACCGCUGCUGGCCUCAUGGAUAACCCCGGCGUUGCUGGGCCAUCGUUCUUCCCGGCCUUCCCACCGUUGUACGCGCACGAUCUCGGCUUCAGCGACAACUGCGCCAACUUCGUGGACAGUGUCUUCGCUCAGGACGCCGACGCUGGGGCCUGUAUCGACGAAACCAUGUCCGACAGCUAUUCCUGCCCUGUCGUCUCCAACUACUCGUUCCUCGAGCCCGCCGACGACAGUGGCGCGGUCGAGGGGUUGUACUAG